GUGAGGAAAAAAGAGGAAGACAUCCACGUAGCCUGUCUCGCAUUGUAAUGAUACGGCGGUGUAACGUCCUAAAUGUGAACGUUUGUACAAGAAAAAGGUGCUUUGGAUAAAGCGGGUGACGGUGCUCAUAGUGGAGGGUUUACGCGGGUGAAGCCACGUCCGUCGCGGUCCUGUUCGCUGAAAAAAUGGAGCUGGAGGACGGAGUUGUGUACCAGGACGACCCGGGGACAUCAGCGAUGAUGUCUGAGCGGGUGUCGGGCCUGGCCAACUCUAUCUACCGCGAGUUCGAGAGGCUUAUCGGCAAAUACGACGAGGACGUGGUGAAGGAGCUGAUGCCGCUGGUCGUGGCCGUGCUUGAGAACCUGGACUCGGUGUUCGCGGAGAACCAGGAGCACGAAGUGGAGCUGGAGCUGCUGAAGGAGGACAACGAGCAGCUCAUCACUCAGUACGAGCGGGAGAAAGCGCUGAGGAAGCACGCCGAGGAGAAGUUCAUUGAGUUUGAGGAUACUCAUGAACAGGAGAAAAAGGACCUGCAGAACCAUGUGGACAGAAUGGAGUCCCACUCCCGACAACUGGAGCUCAAGAUCAAGAACUAUGCAGACCAGAUCAGCAGGUUAGAAGAACGAGAGCUGGAUCUCAAGAAGGAAUACAACUCCCUCCAUCAGAGACACUCGGAGAUGAUCCAUAACUACAUGGAGCACGUCGAGAGGAUCAAAAUGCAGCAGAUCAGUGAGACGUCAGAGUUGAGCACAGUCGGCCGAGUCAGGAGAGAGCGGCCUGUUUCUUUGGGGAUUUUCCCCUCAUCUGGUGGGGCGUCUCUACUAAUCCCAGAUGCCCAGGCCAGAGCAGAAACACCGGGCACAGAGGCCUGGAGGUUCACCGACCCAUCACAGCCAAGGUCCAACACCAGCCUGAAGCAGUUGGACUUUGUCGACCCCCCGAAGGAAAGGGAGGGUAAGAGUGCGCAGGACUCUACUUGGGGGAAUUCACUGGCUGACGACUGCAAGGAUGAGUUGUCGGACUUCACUAACUCCAAAUCAGCCACACCAAUGUCCACCACUGUCUCAGACAUGGAGAAGGAAGACGGAAACAAUAAGAGCACUGAGGUGCAGGCUACACCAGGGACCAGAACCGUAUCAGUGGGUUUGCCUGAAAACAAGAGCAGUGCAGAUGUGCAGGACAUUAUCGAGUCCACUCCUGAGCUGGACAUGGAUCUCGGUGGAUACAAACAACACUGCAGUACCCCUACUAAAGGCAUUGAGAAUAUGGCAUUUGACCGCAAUACAGAGUCUUUGUUUGAGGAGCUGUCAUCUGCAGGCACCGGGCUUAUAGGGGAUGUGGAUGAAGGGGCCGACUUGCUGGUGGAGUACUCUGACCUUAGUUUGAUUGGUAUGGGUCGGGAAGUUGAAAAUCUAAUUCAGGAGAAUUCACAACUACUUGAGACGAAGAAUGCCUUGAAUGUGGUCAAUAAAGACUUGAUAUUGAAGGUGGAUGAGUUGAUGUGUGAGAAGGAGAUGUUGCAGGGAGAACUGGAGGCUAUACUGCAGGUCAGGGCCAAGCUGGAAGACAAGAGCAGAGAGCUGGAGGAGGAACUUAAAAAAGUGCGAUUGGAUAUGGAGGAAGUGAAACAGAAAACUAAAGAUGAAGAAGAUCCACAGAAUGACGUACCUACGGCCCAGAGGAAGCGUUUCACUAGGGUGGAAAUGGCCCGAGUGUUGAUGGAGAGAAACCAGUACAAAGAGAGACUGAUGGAGUUGCAGGAGGCUGUGCGGUGGACUGAGAUGAUCAGGGCCUCGAGGGAAAAUCCAACACUAACAGAAAAAAAGAAGUCCAGCAUCUGGCAGUUCUUCAGCAGACUGUUUAGCUCCUCCGCCAGUGGCCCUGCCGGAAAGAAAGUGGAGCCCCAGAAGUACAACUCUCCGGGCAGCCUGGUAAAGAGGAGUAGCACCUUCUCCCAGUUCCCCACAGAGAAGUCCAAGACCUUUGAUUUCCUCAAUGAAGAAAAGGACCAGUGCAGUUCUCCGUCACGUAAAGAGCAGAAAAGAGCCCAGUACAGACAGGUGAAGGCUCACAUGCAGAAGGAGGAUGGACGGGUCACUGCGCAUGGUUGGAGCCUGCCCAGCAAAUACAAGGUGGCAAAUGGUGGACAGGUGGAGAACAAAAUGAACUUACCUGUACCAGUGUACUUGAGACCUCUGGAUCAGACAGAUGCUUCCAUGAAGUUGUGGUGUGCUGCAGGGGUCAAUAUGUCAGGAGGAAGGAUUUUAGAGUUUAUUAAGCAGACGGAGGGUUCUCAGAGUAACCUGGACCAGCUGGAGCAUGACAAUAAGGAUCAGGAGAAAGUGGACCAAGAGAAGGAGCUGAUUGUUCAGGAUGAAGUGUCCAGCAGGGUGUGGGUGUGCACCAGCACUCACUCCUCCACCAAGGUUUUGGUGCUGGACAUCACUCAGACCUCUGACCUACUUGACAGCUUCUAUGCUUGCAACACACAUGUGGUCUGCAUUGCCAGUGUGCCAGGUGUACUGGAGACUGAUUAUCCUACUGGUGAGGAAGUACCCCAGGAUGUGGAUCACAGUCAAGGUGAUGGGGUGUCCCUGGCCGGCAGCGUCGCCAGUAUGGGCUCUACAGGCAGCGAUGGCACCAUGGCAGCAGAGGGGACCACCGCCGUCCCUCAGACAGCCAGCUCCAAUGUCACGGACCAGCCAGCUGAGCACACUGCCAUCUCUGGCUCAGUGGAGCUGUCCAGAGAGACUAGUCCAGCAGAAGAUGGUGUUCUUCCUGCAGAAGAGGCAACAGAAGCAACAGAGGCUAACGCUGGUGUGGGUGAAGAAGGAGAGGAGGACCAAGGAGCAGAUCAAAACCAGCCGGGAAUCUACACGGAGCACGUGUUCACCGACCCGCUUGGGGUGGGACCCACUGACUCCUCACCUACUGACUCGCAAAGGGGUUCCGGGCAGGAUGGAGACUCGUCUUUGCCAAAAGACUCAGACCUGUUGGAGGGAGACUCCCAGAGGAUGAGCAGUGCCCUCCCCACCAUGUGGCUGGGAGCUCAGAAUGGAUGUCUGUAUGUCCACUCGUCCGUGGCUCGAUGGAGGAAGUGUCUCCACGCCAUCAAGCUGAAAGACUCGAUCCUCAGCAUUGUGCAUGUUAAAGGGAGAGUCCUUGUGGCGUUGGCUGAUGGAACGUUGGCUAUUUUCCACAGAAACAUUGGAGAUGGUCAGUGGGACCUGACCAACUACCACCUGUUGGACCUGGGUCGGCCCCACCACUCUAUCCGCUGUAUGACUGUAGUCCAUGACAAGGUGUGGUGCGGCUACAGGAACAAGAUCUAUGUCAUCCAGCCAAAGGCCAUGAGGAUAGAGAAGUCAUUUGAUGCCCAUCCUCGCAAAGAGAGCCAGGUGCGGCAGCUGGCCUGGGUAGGAGAUGGCAUCUGGGUGUCCAUCCGACUGGAUUCAACCUUGCGCUUAUUUCACGCGCACACCUACCAGCAUCUCCAGGACGUGGACAUUGAGCCCUACGUUAGCAAAAUGCUUGGUACGGGAAAACUGGGCUUCUCAUUCGUGAGAAUCACCGCUCUCGUGGUGUCCUGCAGCCGUCUUUGGGUGGGGACAGGAAAUGGUGUCAUCAUCUCCAUCCCGCUGUCUGAAGCCAACAAGACAAUGGGGAUAGUGCCAAAUCGGCCCGGCAGUGCUGUACGGGUUUAUGGUGAUGCCGCUAGUGACUAUGCCAUGCCGGGUAUCUUUGUGCCAUACUGCUCCAUGGCCCACGCCCAGCUGUGUUUCCACGGACAUCGAGAUGCUGUCAAGUUUUUUGUCACUGUGCCAGGACAAGCAAUUCCUCCUGCCGGUACCACAGAUUCAGGCUCUGACGACCCCGUGUCUGAGUCAUCUGACACGGCGACCUCUGACCCCAAGACAUCCCUGGUCAUGAGUGGAGGCGAAGGCUACAUCGACUUUCGGUUGGGUGAUGAAGGCGGUGAGUUGGACGGUUUAUCAGAGCCGACCACCAGCCAGCAGUCGACGCCCACCAAAUCCGAGCGGAGCCACCUCAUCGUCUGGCAGGUCACAACUUCUAAUGAUUGAAAAAAGGGAGACAAACUAUUGUGUCAGUGCCAGGAUCACCCUCCACCUCCCGCAUGUCCUCCUCCUAAGUUUUUAAUUUGAUAUUACUGAUUGUUCUUAAUGCCUGAGUAGUUGACCACUUUAUAAAAGAAAACUAUUAUUUUUAGUCCACGUUUUGUACAAUAUAUUCUUUAUGAAAUUGAGAUAAGUGAGGUUUAUGUCAUAGAAGACGUCCAUGGUCGAAUUGUGUCCUUUUGUCAGUCUGCAUGUCGGAAAAGCAGGUGCAAAAAAAAGGCCAAGUCAGUGAAUGAGAAGUGUGAUUGUUUGUCUCCCGAAAGACAGAGAGGGAAAAAGCACUUAAAAAAAAAAAAGAAAAAAGAGGAGGAAGUUUGGAUUUGAGCUACAAAUAUUUUUAUGACACACGUAAGACUCACAUUUGUAAAACGAUGCAUCUGUAUAUGUGCGAGUGCCUGGUGUCUGAAUGGAUUCACUGAUUUCCGUCCUGUGUUGGGCUUUUAAUUAUAUUUUUAUUGAGCUGGAGGUCAAAAAUAUGCUAGAUCAUAGUACACGCAGAAUUUCUAAUGGUUGUUUUAUUAGGCUGAUUACUAUGCUGUCCGCUUGUUAGAGAAGCAGCUGCACAAACAAGAGGUAUAUAUAUAUAUAUAUAUAUAUAUAUAUAUAUAUAUAUAUACACACAGUUACUCAAACAAGCUUUUAUUUCACAAACGCAGAGUAAUACCGUAACUAUAUUAAAGCUGCUGUCAGUGAAAUCCUUAGUUGAAAUAAGUGCUAUAUUUCUGGACAGCUAUCAUUGGGUCAUUUACAUUAGGUUUUAAGAAAAAAACAAAUGUAGUAUUGUGUUAUUCUGACUAAAACCCGGAAUUGAAUAAGACAUUUUAAAGAUGAUAGUGGUACUUAAUUAAAAAAAAAAAAUUACUGCUGCAUUUAACGGACGGUAGAAAGGACAGUAAUUGCGCUCGACAUGGUACCGACUAGCCUUCAACCGUACACAACUGUGCAUGGAAACCUACUUUUCAUAUCGCCCACAUCAUUUUGUCCAAUCAGGAACCAGAACUCCAUUGAUAGCCCUUUCACACCACCAGGGUUUCCGUGCCAGUUCCCGAACCUAAUUUUGGUUUUGGAAGUUCUUCCUUGCGAACUGUGACAUCAUCAGUGGGCGUGUCAUAUUCUGGGUCGGAAAGUAGAGGAAGUAUGGAGAAAAAGUGCCAGUGUCGUGUUUACUUCUGCUCGAGUAACGCGGAGUAACGUCCCCCCUCUUUGGUUCCUCUACAUAAACGUAGGAAGUGCUAAAGUUAAGCCAGAAGAUAAAGAAGAUCGCUAACAGCAGCUUUAAUAUCUAUUGACACUAAAUCCUAUUUUCCAUAGAGUUGUGUUUUUUAACAGUCAAAGCAGGUAGGGUACCUUAGGGUUCACUGUGAAUAUCAAACACAGGUUAGCAUCAACCUACGUAUGGAAAUCCCACAUUUUUUGUUCAAUUGUGUGCGUGUGUUUAUUUUUUCAAAGCUAAAUGAUCUGUUAAAAGACAAGAAAUCUGCCCGUGUCACCAGCUAGGUGCUUCCAGUUUGCUUCAGCUCAUCGGCACUUUAAAAUGUUAGAUGUUAGUCGCUUGACAUUUUGGAGGAAACACCCGUGGUAUCGUAGUCUCUGCUCCUGUGUGCUACUGUUAUAAAGGGAACACAUAUUUGUGGCAAGGAGACACUCCAGUGACCAAAGGACGGACAAAAAUAGCACCGUGAAACUAUUUCCCUUCUAUCUUUUCCCAUUUUAAGUCUUAAGUUUAAUAUGUUCAAGGUUAUCCGUGUCCUUUUUUUUUUGAGAAACAAGGGAAAAAAACAUUUUAAAAAUAACAUUUUUGUUUGGCACCUUUUAUGGACACUCGCACGGCACUAAAGAGUAUCUCUUUAUGGCCUCAUUCCUUAUUUUGUUGUAACAAAUAUACUUUAAUGCCAGAAAGGCAGGUGUUAUUGUUUUGUUUCUUUGGGCAUUUGAGUGUAUUUUGUUGACUCCAACAUUAAAUCAGGUGUUUUAUUUUGUUUUUAUAUCUGAAAAUUUGGGCCAAAAAACACUUGGUCUUCUGUCCAUUUCAGAAUAUUAACUUUAUAUUGUGUUUUUGCCAUGGCAGUAUUUAUUUCCUUCGUUAUCGAGCCUGUCGUGGUUCAGAAUGUAACUUAUACGAGCAAAAUAUAAUAGGAGGCUAUUGUAAACAAAAUAGUCCACAAUGAGUUUACAUGAUUGUUCAUAAUGGAUGAAUAAACGGAAAUGAUGUGA